GCCGGUCACAUGGGCGGGGGGGAAGGUGACUCAGGGCUCCCCCUCCCCGCCCCCUGGGGAGCUUGUGUGCGGCCGGCGCCGCUGCCACUCGCGCGCUUGCUGGCUGCCGGGGCAGGUGCGGUCCGCGCUCGGGUCUCGGCGCUGCCCUGGAAAUCAGAAGGUGACAGACAGCAUUGUACUUGUGCAUGAGAAGGGGAAAGUGAAACUGACCAGCCAACAUACUUUUAUUGUCCAAACUUGAGUGUGAUAAAAAAGCAUCACUGUGUUGGAUUUUAAAAUGAAGAAUGAUAAGCGAGAAGUCAUAAUAUCCACUUAUCCCAACGAAAAUGGCCUUUAGCAAUUUGACAUCAAAAGCUGCACUGCUUUAUGAUGAAUGGAUUAAAGGUGCUGAUCCAAGAGUGGAAGGCUUCCUACUCAUGUCUUCACCUGUGCCACAGACUAUUAUCAUUGGAGCCUAUGUUUAUUUUGUCACUUCUUUGGGACCAAAACUCAUGGAAAACAGAAAACCUUUUGAACUCAGGCAAAUAAUGGCAUUUUACAAUUUUGGUGUAGUAGCCCUUUCAGUGUAUAUGACUUAUGAAUUUCUUAUGUCUGGUUGGGCCACAGGUUAUUCGUUCCGAUGUGACCUUGUUGACUACUCCAGGUCACCUACAGCUCUGAGAAUGGUUCGGACUUGUUGGCUGUACUACUUCUCCAAAUUCAUUGAAUUAUUAGACACUAUCUUUUUUGUUUUGCGAAAGAAAGAGGGCCAGAUUACAUUCCUGCAUGUCUUGCAUCACUCAAUCAUGCCGUGGACCUGGUGGUUUGGAGUCAAAUUUGCUGCAGGUGGGUUAGGAACAUUCCAUGCUCUGUUAAACUGUGUUGUGCACGUCAUCAUGUACAGCUACUAUGGACUCUGUUCACUGGGACCAGCCUAUUAUAAAUACCUGUGGUGGAAAAAACACAUGACAACUAUACAGCUUGUUCAGUUUCUUAUGGUUACAGUUCACAUAGGACAAAUCUACUUUAUGGAUGAUUGUCCAUACCAGUAUCCAGUUUUCAUAUUCAUUAUUUGGCUCUAUGGCUCUGUGUUUUUAAUCCUGUUUCUCCACUUCUGGUAUCAUGCUUACACAAGGGGCCAGAGACCACCAAAGACUAUGAAAAACGGAAUCAGCAAAAGCAAAGAUCACUGAAGCAAUGUCUCAUCUAUAUGAAUGUGUACAUCUCAGAUUAGUAACUUGUACUACUUGACAAUCAAGAUAUUUAGAUGCACACUACAAUGUGUACAUUUUAUAUGUUUUUCCAAAACAAAGAGCUUGUAUUUUUACAAUAAGUUAUUUGGGUUUCUGAUGUUGCAGAGGGGUGCGGGAGGGGUAAUUUUCUGGUUAAAGAUUUGCAGGUUUUCAGCAACUUGCUGCACGUAUCUAAAGAAAUUUUUCUCUUUGUGCCUAGAAGAAAUGAAUAUUUAAUUGCAUUCUUACAGGUGAGAUGCAUAUAAAUAAAAAGAUCUUCUUUAAGAAAAUGUUAUAAGUACAGAAUACUUUGAGCACUAAGAAAGGGUAUAAAGAGCAUUCAUUUUAAUAUCAUAAGAUGUUGAAACUAUAUUUUAAUUUUAUUAAAAUAAUGAAAAAUCAUUGUUACAUGCAUAACUUACAGAGACUAAAACACAUUGUUAAUAUAGUUAAUACCUGUAAACAUUCAUAUUUUUGUACAAACUGUACCAUAUUAAAGAAUGUAAGUUAAAUAAAACCUUGGCAGAUUAGAAUGUGUUUUUUAAAAAAGAUGGAUUUUUGGAUUAUAAUCUGUUUUUUACUAAAAUGAUUUAAGUUAAUGAACUUUUAAAAAUGUUUGCUGUUAGUUAAUUGAACAUUAUAAUUAUAAAAACUGUCUCUUGAUUUAACAUCCCAGUCAAAAAAAUAGUGAUUGAUUCAUUGAAGUAGAAUAAUAUUCAAAAUUGUCUGUGGAUGUAUUUUGAUAUCAGCAAAUAGGAAUGUUUUUACUGGGAAAAACACCAUGCAAUUCAACAACCAAAACCUUACUACAUUUUUAGAACAGGUUUUGUGUAAAAUACAAAUGGCAGUUUCAUUACUUUAUUUUGCUGUAUUCUUUCUCCUUUCCACUGCCUGUGGAAAUGAAUGGUGCCUAAUGAGAAAUUGUUUUGUAUAAUUCAUGGUUAAGUUUCUCUGUUAAUAGCACUAGUGCCUUGUUUUUGCCCUGUGGUACUAAAUGAACUGUCUAAAGAGAUUAGAAACUACACAGUUUUAUGGAGAGGGAGAAAGGACAGAUGAUUGUGUAGUAUAGUUAACUCUGAACUAUGCAGAAUGAACUGAUAAGGUAUCUCCAGGGACUGGUCAGGGAGACAUGUCAGCUGGCUUAGUAGCAAUUUAUAGGACCUAGAGCUAUAUGCAGAUAGUAUCUCUCUACUUCCGUGAGAUGGUCAAGGAAUGACUGUAUUAUGCAGAACUAAACUAGGAGCUAUAUUCUGCCUUGAGAUGCACACCAUACAGCAUUGAUUUGUUUUUGUGACAACUCCCGCAAGUGAUGGGUUGAAAUCUAUCUUGUACUCUGCUCUGAUCUGCUGGAGUUGUGAUGUUCUCUAACAUGUCUUCUGACCCACCUGUUUGUAUUAGUGUUUGAAGAACUCCAAAAAGGCAUGUUUUGUUGUUAUAUGGACAUGAUUACCACAAUAGUGUUGCAAGUGACUUCUUAUAAAAUAACAUAUCUGAGUCUUCCUUAUUGAACUAAUAAACCGAGAUUUGCUUCUUGUCUUUCUGCCUUGUAUCCCUACAAUGUUAAAGUGGCAUGUGGGGACUUAGUUGCUAAUUGAGGACUAUUAGACAUACAUUUCUAAUACUGUUUUCUUGUAACAAAAUAGAUCACAAUGCUGCAGUGCUUAGUUUGAAUUUCUUCACUAAUUUUAUGUUCAUCUGUGUAAAAGACCUAAUACCCCAAUAAGCUGUUUUUUAAUAACAUGAUGAAAAAACUCCAUCAGUUGUUUUGAAAUACUGUAAUAAGAUAUUAAAGAACUAAGAUUUAAACCUA